AUGGAUCCUUGGAAGGACAAGUUUGAUCAGGGGGUCAAGUGUUUCCGUUUGAGGAGGUACGAAGAGGCUCUGGAACACUUCUCCGCCGCACUUGAUACGGGAGGAGACGGUUACCCCAUACGGGACUCGCGGGCGGCGGUGUACCAGAAACUUGGCAAGGUCAAGGAGGCCCUACAGGACUCCAAAGCGGCGAUUGAUCUUCAGCCCCGCCGUUGGCAGGGCUAUUCGCGGUCUGCGCAACUAUUCUUUCAACUGCGCAAGCUGCCAGCCUCAAUGCGUAUGGUUGACCUCGCACUUGAGCGAAUGUCUCCGGACAAGAACACACAACGAGCCGCGAUGGCGGAGUUACGCUCGAAAAUCCAAUCCGCUCUUGAUGAGGACGCUCUGCAGGCAUCUCGUCUCAUCUCACAACAGGCCUAUCAUUUCGGCAACCUCCCCAUGGAGAUCGCCCACACCAUCUUUGCCGUGCUCUUAGACGACGACCACGCGUAUGUCGUACGACUGGCUCAAGUUUGCAAACAAUGGCGCGCCACCAUCCUAGGAGCUCCUGCCUGCUGGAGGACUCUUGUCUUGUCAGAAAGGAGCCCUAAACGCAAACUCAACCUGUGGAAAGAACGCUCAAGGGAUCAUAUUCAGCACCUUCACAUCCUUGUAGACUUCGCCAACGAUAGCGAUAUCCCUGAAGGGCUUUCCAGCCUUUCGACGUCAUCUCUUAUUACGCUCAGGCUCCGGGGAAUUCGUCUCAGCCACAUCCCCCGGUAUUUGCCCAGCAUUGCCUCAGCGAUCGUACAACCGCUUCGUGCCUGGGAUGGUGCCUCUCCCGUCGACGUUGCCGGAGUCGUUGUGCGUAAUGAACAUGAAAUCUCCUUUCACUGCACCGAUCUCUCACUGCCCAAAUCCACGACACUGUGCGAUUGGAUUCACCUUGUGGGCACCCUUGAAGAUCUGAACACAUUGACGGUUGAUAGCCCGGGCGACAACUGGAUCCAUCUGUUAUGGCUCCUUCACAAGAACCCACGUCUCACCGCCCUCGAUAUUCAACGUGUUCACCCUCGGGCCAUAGAGACGGAGGUCGCCCCCGAUAAUCGACACAUUCCAUCUACGGUCGUACUCCCCAAGCUCCAUUCGCUCUGCCUGAACAGGGCAAACCCGAAUCGCAUACUAUCCCGCUUACAACUCACGGCCCUCAAAGAGCUGCAAAUUGCGACGUGUCAAAUCGUCUUCGAAGCGCCCUUCUUCCAAUCCAAUUACUUCCCGAUAUCACAAUUGACUUCAUUGUCCCUAUCUGCCGUCGUUUUCUUACCACAGCCCUUCAUGAACCUACUCGAAAGUGCGGUCAUGCUGGAAACCCUACACCUCAUCGCUGUUGGUGAGCGUACUGCAGGUCCCAUCCUCGAGUUUCUCGCGCAGCCACGCACUCUUCCAGAUGAUCACUCCUCGGACAGUCUCUCCCUCCCACACGUACGCUGCCCUUCCAUACGACAUCUGGAUUGUUCGCAGAAUCCGGAUGUCACAGGAGGCCCGCUCGUACGUCUCGUGAAGCUGCGCAUUCCAACGACGGAGAAGUCGGUGGAGGACGUGUUGACGAUCCAAGGCGAUCAAGCACCAUCAGUGGUUCCACUACAAUCAUUGCGCAUCGACGGCUGCCCACAAGUGGAUCAUGGCGUGCUACCAUGGCUGCGACAAGCAGUUCCUGUCGUCAGCUGUGUCUAUAUGACAAAGAAGGCUGCGGGAUGGAAGCGAUGA